CCGGUUCUACCGUCCGCAUACUUGGACCUUCACUUGAACAUUGAUUACCUUUACGGUCUCUAAAACAGCAGCAUUGACCUCGAGCACUACAAGAUCUUCAACAAAGUUUUGGAUCAUCCUCUCGAUCAGCUACUCGGCUUGGUCACCAACAACCUCGGUACAUACAACGACAACAUGGCACCCAAGGCUCAAGAAGUCGUUGAAGGGCCAGUUCACAGAAACCUCACUCACGAAGAUCUCCAGAACUUCCACGCAAACCUCGUCAAGAACCGGGAGAUGGCCUCAGUCGUGGAAGCUGCUUUCAAGCAAUUCGAUACUCAGAUUCACAACCUCCAGACCACCGGUCCCAUUGCUGCUACGAUUGAUCCCAUCAAGAGGGACGUGCGCAAGGUCAGGGCCGUCUUCGAAUCUUCUAUGGAGAUUACCCGCUCCAAGGAGGAUAUCUCAGCGGCCAUGAUCGAAGAAGGUCGCAUCGGCGAGACCCUUGCGGCCAUCAACGAAGGUCUGAUCGCUCUCGGAUCGCUGAAGAAGCCACUUCUCAACAUCCGCGACAAGCUCAACAAGAUCAGCGCAAAAGAUCCCACCAUCGUUUCUGACGGUCUCCAGACCAUUGGAUUCGACAAAGAGAUCGAAGCCUAUGACACAAAUGUGACCGACUGGGCAGCAAAGAUAGCCGUUACUACUUGGGAGGAUCCGAAGCUGUCUUCUUGAAGCUAUCGUCUCGAAGUUGUCUUCUUGAAGCUGUCACAAUGAGGCUGUCUCAUUCGGCAUAGGGGUAGCAAAGGCAGGUAACUUAACGCUGAUGACUUGCUGGGAUAAUUGAGGAUUGAGCCCGGCUGGGCUACCACGAAAACCUGGGUCCAUUCUCGGACGGCAGCAGGUUAACGAUCAUCUCCUCGGCAGGACACGACAAAUUGUGAAAUACAAAAGACCAUCACUCUGUUCUUUCU